CUUUUCUGUCGCUCUCUCAAACACACGCACAUACACACACUGACAUGUCCUGACAAAUCCUUAAAUAUAGUGAUGGUUUACUUUGAUUUAGUUUAGAUUAAAUUUGACCGCAGUGUGAAAACAUUUUCUUAUGUUGUUGUAGAAAGUUUCAUAAAAAGGUAGAAUGUGGAAAUAGAAGUGAGGAUUUGUGUUGCGUUUGCGCUGUGUCUUUAUCCUGUAAUUGUCCAUUGAGCCUCGUGGUGACGCUCUUAUAAUAUUUGACUCGUGGAUGGCGUGUCCCGCCGUAUCUGUGUCAGUGAAACUAGAGCAUUGGGUAAGAGCUGAAGGCUGUGUGGAUGUGUGUGUCUGUGUCUGUGUGUGCCUCUUUGUGUAAUGCAGGCACAGAAACAUGUUGUGUGUGUGUGUGAUUUGAGGCAGAGAAAAAAAAAAAUGUGUGUGUGGGUGUUUGUGUGGAGAGAGAGAGAGAGGGAGCAAGAGAGAGAGAGAUGAAAUGAGAAUAGAGGAAUCCAAGCUGACAGCUUCCCUAAUAGAGCAUGAGUAACUCGGCUAGAGAAGCAGGGAACCGUUGUAUUGCAGCAGAAUUUUCAGUUCGUCAUUUUCAUGUGCAUGGUUAGGAUUUAGCACGGUUUGUGGCUGUUCAUUGGUAUCAGAGAGGAUCUUUCAGAAUGGACCAGCGAAUUAACUUCAGACAUUGGAUGCAUUUAGUUCUUUUUUGCCUGCUCUUUGCUGUGGCGUUUGGAGAGGUCCGUUAUGUUCUUCCAGAGGAGAUGCAGACAGGUUCUAUAAUUGGGAACGUUGCACAGGAUCUGCGUUUGGAACUGAAAGAGCUCCGUGAUCGUCGUGCCCGUGUUGUUGCAGACGGAACUAGUCAGCUUUGUGAACUGGACCUGGCAUCAGGCAAUCUUUUGAUAAGCCAACGGAUUGACAGAGAGGAGCUCUGCAGCGCUCAAGGCAGUGGGUGCACCAUCCAACAUCAGAUUUUACUGGAGGACCCCCUGCAAGCAUUCAGUCUGCUUUUAGACAUUGCAGACAUUAAUGACAAUACUCCAGUAUUUGCUGCAGGAGAGAUCAGCCUUGAUUUAGUCGAGUCCACAGUCCUGGGGAGACGUUUUCCACUGGAAAGCGCACAUGACCCUGAUUUGGGGACAAACUCUGUCAGUCAAUACACACUGAGCCCAAAUGACCAUUUCGGUCUGGAAAUAGGCACUCAAAUAAAUGGCAAUGCAUAUCCCGAACUUGUUCUUAAAAAGGCAUUGGAUCGAGAGACACAAUCUGAACAUGUACUGAAAAUCAAUGGCAUUGACGGGGGAAAACCAGCCAGAACUGGGACUGCUUUUAUCCGUAUCCGAGUUUUGGACGCCAAUGAUAAUGUCCCAGUUUUUAACCAGCGGGUUUACAGAGCAGUGGUACCAGAGAACUCUGUCACAGGGACUUUAAUAGUGCAACUUAAUGCAACAGACUUGGAUGAUGGUUUGUAUGGGGAGAUAACAUACUCUUUCAGUCACCUGUCAGACAAGACCAGAGGCGUUGUUCACAUUGAUCCUCUGAGUGGGGAAGUUCGGGUGGCAGGUGUCAUUGACUAUGAGGAGGCGAGUACGCACGAGUUGGACGUCCAAGCUAAAGAUGGGGGCGGUCAGACCUCUCAUUGUAAACUUAUAAUUGAUGUCACUGAUUUAAAUGACAACAAACCUGUGAUUGAAAUAAAGUCAGCAUCUGCUAAUGUUGCCGAAGACUCAAAACCCGGAAUGAUGGUGGCCCUGAUCAAUAUUUAUGACAUGGACACUGGAAAUAGUGGACACGUCACAUGUUCCAUUCCUGACAACGUCCCAUUUCAAAUAGUAUCGGAAGUGAAAAACUACUACAUGUUAGUGACAGACGGGACACUAGACAGGGAGGUUCAGUCAGAGUAUAACAUCACUGUUACUGCCACUGACUCGGGCUCACCCUCACUUGAGAGCAGUAAAGUUUUAACUAUCGUAGUUAAUGACAUAAAUGACAACGCCCCGGCUUUUACGCAGAACGAGUACACUGCCAAUCUCUUGGAAAACCAACCCAUUGGCACGUUUGUUAUGAAAGUAACAGCCCAAGACAUGGACGCUGCAUCUAAUGCUAAAUUACUGUAUCAAAUAUCGAAGGAUACGAACUCUGACGUUUCCUCCUUCCUCACCAUUAACAUAGAAACAGGGGAGCUUUUCACAUCGAGGCUCUUCGAUUACGAGCAGUCAGUUUACUUCCAAAUCAAGGUAGAGGCGCAAGAUGGGGGAAACCCUCAACUCACUGCAACCUGCACUGUUAAUGUUUUUAUUAAGGACCAAAAUGAUAACGCUCCAAUUAUUCUAUAUCCUGUCCAAGCCUUCAUUGUUGAAGACAUGGUGCCUCUUGAAGCACCAAGAGGUUACUUAGUGACCAAGGUAGUGGCUGUGGAUGCUGACUCGGGCCAUAAUGCAUGGCUGUCCUACAGAAUAAUCAAAGAAACUCAACCCAGUCUCUUUAUGGUGGGUUUACACACAGGUGAAAUCAGAACCAUGCGAGCCUUUAUGGAAAAUGAUGACCCGAAACAAACAAUUGUUAUUGUGGUAACAGAUAAUGGACACGAUCCCCUCUCAGCCACAGCUACAGUUAGCAUCGCCAUCGGUGAGGGGUUGCCCGUUGUCCAAGAACUAUUUGACCUGCCAGACGAAUCUCAGGGCAGUGAUUCUUUGAGGCUGUAUUUGGUCAUCGCCCUGUUAACCGUUUCUUCUCUGUUAAUUCUUUUAAUCAUUGGAGUGUUUUAUUUCAAGCUUUGUCGACGUGGUUAUGUCUACCGUUCGACCACCGCCAAUCUCCCCGUUUUCCCCACGACGUACUACCCACCUAGUUUUACAGAUUUUAGCCACUGUGGGACAUUGCUAAAAGAUGACAGGUACGAUCCCUUUCUGACCACCGGCUCAUGGAGAGGCGACUUUCGUUUCGGUUCAAACACGGACACUGACACGUUGAAGAAAAGGAGUGCAGCUUAUCAAAAGAACACACUUAGGCGGACCAGUGCAGAUAGAUCUACUUUAAAGAUUCGGGCAGGUCCCCAACAUCCUUGUUAUGUGGUCACUUGAAGUCCUGCACAUGAAAAAAAAAGUGUUGUCUUGUCAAAUACACACACUGGACCUUUCACUGGGUAAACUUACCUUCUGGUAUUAGACAUCUCUAUUUUAUGUUAUGCUUAUGCUUAUUUUGUAACCGUAUUUAUUAAAAUUGCAUUCUUAAGUUACAGAUAUUGUUUUCGUACAGCUCUUGAGUUUACUCACGAGAUUGUCAUGUGUUGUGGCCGAUGAGUGCAUGUUGUGAUCACAAACUGUAAAAAAUUAUGAAAUGACAUAAUUUCUUUAAAAAUAUGAACAACAUGUGACUUGCUGUUCUGUUUCUAUGCAUGAAAUUGUUGUCUUUACAACUCCAUAGCGUAAUGUUGCAAUCUUGACCUCAUACUGAUGACUUCACCUCAAAAAUAACUAUUCAGAUAAUCAAUGUCAUGUGCAGAUUUCAGUAUAGUGUCAUAUAAGUGUGAUAACAAAGGUUUUGUGUUUUUGUUCAAUAAGACUACUUGGCAUUAUUGUUUUCACAUUAGCCAAACUUUAUUGUUAUUCCAUUGCUGUUAGCCAAGAAGAGGUAGUUUCUGCUUCAGUAUUUUUUUCAAUAAUUACUUACUUUGCUAUUUAUGAUGUUCUCUCUUUUAUUAUGACCAAAUAGCUUAGUGGAUUUGUGCAUAGUGACUUCCAGACUUCACUUGUCAAGUGAAACAUAAUAUUGCUUAGUUUUAAAAUCCCUGUGAGUAAACAUCACAUCACCAGCACAUCCUGCUCUGUCCUUUUUUUAACAGGCAAAACAUAACAUUACUUGCAGACUGUUGUCAUUUUUUUCCUGUUCAUGUUGUAGCAAUUUGCUAUAGUUCAUAGCAUGUCCCAGCUUUCUUUUUCUUUGGCCUUGUAUUUUUAACACCCUGACAAAGAUGCUGCCUUUUAAUCAGUGGGCAUCAAUAUUUCAUGUAUCAUUGAUCUUUGUGAUUUGAUGCUUUAAUACCCUAUCUAUUUAUUGCAAUAGAAUGGUUUAAUUAUUGAAUAAAUUAUGAAAUAAACGUUGAUUUUUUUAAAGAACACAA